UUUUAUUUAUUUUCUGAUAAGAGCUGUUAUUUCUCUCUGUCCCGCUCAAUCUCUCUCCCUCUCUCUUUCUGUUAUGUUAUCUCUCUUUCUGUCUCUUUUCCCAGCCCUGCUCCUGCUGUACGACGUGACCAAUAAAACAUCGUUCGACAACAUCCAGGCCUGGCUGACAGAGAUCCAUGAGUACGCCCAGCAGAAUGUGGUGCUGAUGCUCCUGGGGAACAAGGCUGAUUCCACACAUCAGAGAGUGGUGAGGAGAGAGGAGGGGGAGAAACUAGCCAAGGAGUUCGGGGUGCCCUUCAUGGAGACCAGCGCCAAGUCUGGGCUCAAUGUGGACCUGGCUUUCACCGCCGCGGCCAAAGAGCUGAAGCACAGGUCCUUGAAGGAGUUGAGUGAACCAAAGUUUCAGCUCCAGGAGUACGUGAACAAGGAGAUGACCAAGGCCACCAGCUGCUGCGGAUCCUAAACCACCAACCACACGUGCCUGUGUGUGUGUGUGUGUGUGCAUAUGUGUGCGUGUGUAUAAGCGUGUGUUAGUGUGUGCGUGUAUAGAUGUACAUGUAUAUGUGUGUGUGUGUGUGUUCAUGUGUGUGUGUGUGCAUGCAUACAUACAUUCUUUUGGGGGAAAGUUUAAAAGACUGGGCAGGACUGAGGAUUCUGGAGUUUGAUUUUCAGCUGUAACAUUAACUACAGACUUUCUGAUGAUUUCUCACCCUCAUUAAAAUUUUGUGGCGGGUAUGUUCACUUCGUGUGUAAUUGUGUGUGUUUGUGUGUGUGUCCACGCACAUGUGUGUGUGUGUGUGUGCAUGUGUGAAAUAAAGAGUGAGCGGCAGAGAAAGAUCUACUCUUAAGUUCUAUCUUUUUAGAGUCAAAUAGGUAGUUUUGUAUGUGAAUAUUCAUGCUGCUGUGGCUCAGCCUCCCCAGUGGAGGCAGCAUUGAGCUCUGAUUGCAGGGUUUAUGAUGCCUUCUUGCGCUGACCUGAUGUGGGUCUGGUGAGUGCUUGUCUCUGCAGCUUCUCUUCCUGUCACAUGAUGAAACAUCACUUUUCCAAACUGA